CAAAACGGAGAGAAAACGAUGCGUUUUCAAACGAAAACGGAUUAGUAUGGACGUAGCCUUAAAGAUGCUUCAUUCUCCUCCAUACUGAAACACCCAGUGAUAGUUCCAAAAGGUCACCAUGUCACUCAACUAAUAAUAGAUCAUUUCCACAGUAAGGUGCAGCACCACGGGAAAGGUUUUACAAUCAAUGAGAUCAGAUUGAAUGGAUUUUGGAUUCCAGGCAUCAACAAGGCCGUGGCAAAUUUUAUACACCAAUGUGUGAAGUGUCGCAGACUCAGAAGAGGCACAGAGGGACAAAAGAUGUCUGAUCUCCGAACGCAGCGCUUAGAUCCAUCUCCACCGUUUACAUUCUGUGGAAUGGACUGUUUUGGUCCUUUUCUAACCAAACAAGCUUGCAAAGAGCACAAGCGUUAUGGACUUCUUUUUACAUGCCUUUGCUGCAGAGCAGUGCACAUAGAAAUGUUAGACAACAUGACUACAGACGCCUUCAUCAAUGCGCUCCGCUGUUUUAUAGCCAUAAGAGGAGCAGUCAGUGAGAUAAGAUGCGAUCAAGGAAGCAACUUUGUCGGGGCUAAAAAUGAACUACAAGAAGCUUUAAAACAAGUGGACUCCAACCGCAUUACCACAUUUCUUGCAGAGAAGCAGUGUGACUUCAAAAUGCACAGUCCUCAUUCAAGCCAUACAGGAGGUGUAUGGGAAAGACAAAUCAGGACAGUUCGAAACAUUCUGCGCUCUACAGUUUCACUUUCAUCUGGCAGAAUGGACGACGCAUCAUUAAGGACAUUCUUCUAUGAGGCAAUGGCAAUCGUCAACAGCAGGCCCCUUACGGUGGACAACCUAAGUGACCCAAGCAGCGCAGAGCCCUUGAUACCAAAUCACCUGCUUACUAUGAAGUCAAAGAUAUCCCUGCCCCCUCCAGGCACAUUCGUCAAAGAGGAUAUUUAUGCACGUAAAAGGUGGCGGCAGGUGCAGUACUUAUCAGAACAGUUUUGGUCACGUUGGAAAAGGGAGUAUCUAUCCAACAUCGCAACAAGACAGAAAUGGCACACUCCAAGGAGAAACUUGAAAGUUGGAGAUGUUGUCAUGGAGAAGAUGGAUGAUCUACCCCGCAAUGAAUGGAGAUUAGCACGUGUAAUGGACACAGUAACUGACAAAGACGGACUUGUAAGAAAAGUAAAGAUUUGCUUCGGAGAAAAGAAGACUGAGAAAGGACAAUGUCCUAGUAAACGUUCUGUAUUGGAACACCCAGUGCAGAAACUGGUUUUGCUACUAGAGACUGUUUAACUACAUUCCAAGGUUUAAGGUUCACUCUUUUCAAUGGAACUAUGUGUUAUCAUACAGUUUAAUGGUUACACGUCAUUUCUUCAUUAGGAAAUCAUUAUCGCUUAAGUUGGUUCCCAGUUAAGCUCUUAAUGAUUUGGUGGGAGUGUAAAUGACCUCAUUAUUAUUUUGUCAAGUGGUUUAUGAGUGGCUAUUAUUUUGUUGCAGCUUGGACCCAGCUGAUGCUUUUAUUUUGAAAGUUCUAGAGCGACAAGGUGCCGUAAAUCAAGUGGUGUAAACAAAAACAGUAGAAGCGCGAGUUUUAAUGCACAGAGAGAAGGUGUGCUCAAUGGUUAAAGAACGGGACAAAACGGCUAUUAAGGUGCAAUUCUGAGUUGUAAGCAGUUCCUUAGCACCUGGUUGAUGAGGGAACAAGCUCUUACAGUGUGUUCACAUACACGACUGUUUAAUAAAAGGAUUGUGAACCAUCAGUUCGAGAGACCAUCUUUUCAAUUUGGGAUGCUACAGUGAUGACGGAGCUGAACUCCCUUAGGGUGGUGUCUGAGAGGCGGCUGCUGUCCCAGAUAAGGACGAUGCUGGAUAAUACCUCCCACCCACUACAUGAUGUGCUGGCUAGUCACAGGAGCACGCUCAG